AUGUCUUUUAGUGAACUUUUAGUGAAUUUCACAGGGAAGAAUGUGGAGGAGUUUACCAUCACAGGCUUCGACCACCUCUCUCACCAGAAGCUCCUGGGCUUCCUCAUCUUCAUCACCUAUUUCCUUGUGCUUCUGGGAAGCGGCACCAACAUCUGCAUCAUCGCGACGGACAGACGGCUGCACACGCCCAUGUACCUCCUCAUCUGUAACCUGGCCGUGGUGGACAUCAUGUUCACCACCAGCACCAGCACCACCAUGAUCUCUGUCCUGCUGGCCGAGGUCAAAACCAUCUCCUACUACUCCUGCAUAUCACGCAUGUACAUCUACCACCUGGGUGACAUCACAGAGUGCAUGGCCUUGUCCCUGAUGGCUUUGGACCGAACCAUCGCUAUCAGCACCCCUCUUAGGUACCACAGCAUCCUGACUAACCCACGGCUCAUCCUGUUGAUCACAGCUACCUGGCUGAUAGGGUUAGGGGUCAUGGGGGUAUUAACAGCUCAGGCAGACAGCCUUCCAUACUGCCAGCCCAUCAUUAGCUAUGUGUUCUGUGACUAUCCUGCUAUGAUCAGAGCCGCCUGUGUCAACCCUGAACCCUAUUGGAUGCUUCCCGCCAUCCUGGGUCUGUGGGUGAUUGGUGCACAGUUCAUAUUCAUUCUGCUGUCAUACGUGAAUCUGAUCUACACAGUACUGAGACUGCCUAACAACGAGAGCAGGGUACAGGUGUUUAAUACCUGUAUUUGUCACAUCAUUGUGGUAUCCAGUUACUUUGGCCCCAAGUUAGUCUCUGGUUUGUUGACGAGGAUAGGGGUGAGGCUGAAUCUGACGGAGCGUAAUGCUUUACUGAUUAUAGCCACGCUGUUACCUUCUCUGAUCAACCCUACAGUCUACUGUCUGAAGACCAAAGAGAUUAGAAAGAGAUUGGUUCAGAUACUGUCUAGAAAAAGAACUGCAGUGAUGAAAUGA